AUGCUCAAGUCAGGCAUAAGUGUCAGGUUUGAGCCGGUACAGCUCUACAAAGGGGCUGCGACUGCAGUGGUCAAGUCUGGCGGAUUUGGCAGUGACCUCUUCGACAUGCUGCUGCCAAUGCUGGGUAUCUACCAGGAGUACGUCCGCAACCAUCAUUACUCUCUGCAGGUGCUAGCCGAGUACAAACAAAAGGAGGAAUUCACACGCGUUCUCAAACGAUGGGAGGAGAAACCGCAGUGUGACGGACGAUCCAUUGAAUCUUUUCUCACCUUUCCAAUGUACCAGGUCAGUUGA